CGUCUAGCUUGUUACACCAUGUCUUGUGUUUGUUAUGUUUCUAUUGUGUGUGUUCGUUGUUUUUUCAAUACUUGGAUUUGUAUUUGUUCCAGUGAUGAAAUAAUUAAAAAAAUGCUGACCAAACGCCAACAAGAUCCAUUGUACAAAUGUGCAGGUUCUGUUUUCUAUAUACGUUAUCAUUGAUCUGAAACAUUGAGUUUAACUUACACAACUAGCUAAACGAAAUAUCGUGAGGGAAAUGUAAGGAAGAUAGAAACCUAAAAAACCUAUCAACCAAGAACCUAUCAGCCAAAAUAGAAAUCUACAAAACCUAUCAACCAAGAUAGAAACCUACAAAACCUAUCAACUAAGAUAGAGAGCUACAAAACCUAUCAACCAAGAUAGAAACCUACAAAACCUAUCAACCAAGAUAGAAACCUACAAAACAUUAACCAAGAUAGAAACCUACAAAACUUGUCAACCAAGAUAGACACCUACAAAACCUAUCAACCAAGAUAGAGAGCUACAAAACAUAUCAACAAAGAUAGAGAGCUACAAAACCUAUCAACCAAGAUAGAGAGCUACAAAACGUGUCACAACUAAGUCUUGUGUGCCCACAAAAAUGAAUGACUCAGCGGAAAUGUUGGUGUUGACUGAGCGCCUCUACCAGCUAGAGAAAUUACUCAACGCAACACUCAAGGCUUCACACAGUCAAGCUGAUCCUAUUGCACCUGCCGCCCUCGCCCUGUCCGUCUGCUGUCUCCUGACCCUGGCUGUUCUAAUCUACCUGUUCUGGCACCACAGACGACAGGUGAAAUCACACCUAGAGCCACGUGACCAAACAGAUCACUAUGGUGAUGCUAAAACUAAAAAAGAAGCAGCUAGGCCUGAGGUUGACCUACAAGAGUUGAUGGCUCAAAUCAACGAGAACAAAACUUGCUGUCUGGACAAAGGGAAACUUAUAACAGUCCUACAGAGAAAGACGGCUGAGCUUCAGAUCCAGCUUGACGACAUGGGGACGAGACUAAGUGAGACGAGGGCAGCCAGCGUUGGCUGUACACAAGACGUUGUCAACCUGAGGGCCCAGCUCAGUGCUGUAGAGGAGAGACUUGCUAAAGAGAAAAGACAGGCCAGUCACAGCAACUCACCAGCCACAUCGAGUGCUGCUAAACCCAACCCUUUGGCCAACGCUAAGUUUCUUGAAGAAAUUAGAAAUUAUAGAUCAAGGAUCGUCACGUUAGAGAAAAAUGAAAAAGAAUUGAGGUCAAAGGUUGAGAAAUUAGAGCAACAGCUUCAUCAAAUGUUGAGAGAAGACAAUGGUGUAGCAGUUCAUGAAGAAAUUCCCGUCACAGAGAGCAGAGAACAAACGUCUCAAAACUCAGUUUUUGAUUCCAGUCUAUCAUUUGGACCCGGCGAUCUUGCUAAUUCUAGUUUUUCAUCCACUGGGCUUAGUUCUAUAAAUAGCUUUAGCGAGACACUAGCGAGAAGUGAGACAAGAGACGAGACCGAACGCCAGCCUCUACUCCAAUUGUCUGGGGCGACUAGCGGUUCUCAUAGUGUUGUCUGAAGUGGGCCUGUAGGAACAUUAGAAGGAACUGUCUGAUGUGGGCCUGUAGGAACAUUGGAAGGAACUGUCUGACGUGGGCCUGUAGGAACAUUAGAAGGAACUGUCUGGUGUGGGCCUGUAGGAACAUUAGAAGGAACUGUCUGAUGUGGGCCUGUAGGAACAUUAGAAGGAACUGUCUGAUGUGGGCCUGUAGGAACAUUAGAAGGAACUGUCUGAUGUGGGCCUGUAGGAACAUUAGAAGGAACUGU